AUGCCUGACGCCAUGGUGAAAGAUGUACCUGAAUCUUUGCAAAGAUACAGAAGCAAAUAUGUUACGGCAUCCAGUCUGUUGGAACAAAUUAAUGCUGUGCCUCGUGCUCGUCUUUUUCCAUCACAGCUCAGACUCAUUUUGAAAUAUCAAUCCUUUCUCUCCCUGAAUUUUCUCGAGUCUUGUAAAACUGUAGUUUCGGAGGCAGAUACAGAUUGCAAAGAAUUGAGUUCAAUUCUUGGUCGAAUUUAUUUUAACAACGAUUCAUUCGCUGCCUACACGGAUGCUUGUCUCCAAACAGCGGAGAAAUUUCAAAUGCUUAGGUCCCUGAUUAAUCGCCGAAAGGAAUCUCGUAUUGAGGAGAAUCUGGAAAAGGGCAAUGUAAUCCUCUCUGACUCCCUCUACGAACUUAUCUGUCGAUAUUUUGCAUCUCGAGAUGAUUGGCUAGCUUUAGAAAGGUCAUUAACAUGGCUUCGAGAGGAUGGAAUUCCACCGACAUUCAAUAUCUGCAUCGCCUCUCUCGAAUGUCUCGGCGGACUACUUCAUCGGUCCAUCCACGGGAAGUCCCUUCCAAAGUCACUGAAUCACAAACUUACUACAGAGCACCGCCACAUUCACUCUUACGUCGAAGAAAAGUCCCUCGAAAUUAUCGCUUUAGCCGAAAAAUAUGGUAUCAAUGUCUAUGAGGAUCUUUUGAGGUAUCCACGUCAAACGCAAUCGCUUGAAAAGAUCCUCACGGCUCUCUUCUUUGUGACUCCAGAUAGGGAGCCCAGUCUAUCUUUCCUUGCUCCCCAGUCUACCACACUUCGGACUUACAAAACUCGGGAGACUACAAAGCGAGUUUCAACUGUGUUAGAUAAAACCCCGUUGUCACCAGUGAAUAUCUUUGCCGAUGUCUUUCCAAGUUCCCAAGCUAUGGUUGAAGCGUUCCAGGAGCAAAUGCACUUGGAAAUUAUGGGACAGGUUCCAGUUUCUCCUGUGUUACCGUUCUUUGAAGAAAUGCUUAAGGAGGCACCGGAAAUCGCCAAAACUGCUAUUCACUCCUCACACCAACUUCGACAUCGCUUCCGUCCUGCUGAACUCCGGCAAUCCUUGGAAGCUGAACAGAACACGCAUUGGCGACGUCAACUCACUGAAGCCUUUGAGGCGACUUUACAGCGCCUUAAAGUUGCCCAUGCGCGCGGGCAAAUCACGGCGUAUCCGUUUCUGAAAAUCCUACCCAAAAAGUCCUAUGUGGACCUGAUGAUCCAGAUGGCCAAAGCGUACAAAACCUAUGCAGACAUGUUUACGUCUUCAACGCGUAAUGUUGAGCAUUUUCGUGAGAUGUGGUUUCGUGCUUUGCAGGUUAACGCCGAAAGUGGCGCCAGUUUGGAUCAAGAAUGGCCUAAGUGGAACAGUCACAUCCUCCUGACGGUAGGCCAUGAACUCUAUCGCAUUCUUUACGACAAUCUGACUUUCAACAUUAACGCAUUACGUUCUCGAGACGCCUCAAAGGUAGGGCGACAGGAGGCUAACGUUCUUUUCGAGGUUUCCUCCGACAAUCCUGGCGAGGCACGCUACGAAAUUCGGGUGCACCCAACCCUGCUGAAGUGGUACAGCGCAAGUGAUCGUUCCUCCCCUCUGAUGUUUAAUCCCACUGAACUGCCAAUGCUUUGCCCGCCCCUGCCCUGGAUUGAUACCAAACACGCAGGCUACUUGCUCUCAUCGAGUGCCGCAACGCGUUUCAUCCGUAAGCCCAAUUACUUCCCUGGUGGUGAUGCAUCUGCCAACGAUGAUCUGGAUUUUGAUAUUUCAACUAUCCCCUCAGUAUUUGAUUCCUUGAAUGCCCUUGCCGCGUGUCCAUGGAAGGUCAAUAAGCCGAUCCUAGACGCAAUGCUCCAAGUAGCACGAGGAGGUGGCGACAAAAGUCUGAGCAUACCCGAGACCAAAUCCCUUUUUCCCAUCCCUCCGAGAAAGUUUGACAGCACUCUCACGCGCGAAGAGCGUAUAGCCGCCUACCGCCAGGCACACAAUAUUCGCAAAGUCCACGACGAGACUCGAUCCCUUUGGGCCACUGAAAUGUAUCGUCUCUCCAUAGCCAACCACUAUCGCGAUAAGGUGUUCUGGUUUCCACAUAGUAUGGAUUUUCGUGGUCGUGUAUACCCCUGUCCACCACACUUCCAUCACAUGGGUGAGUUGUCGAUUACUACUUUGCUGACGGACGCGAGUCACCUCGUCUGUGCAAUGUAUUUCAACGUUUUCGGGGGAAAAACCUCCCUAUGCCUCAUCUGUCGUUCGGCUGAACUCACGUCUCUCACCUUUGUAUUUUGCUUUGGUCGGAUAAUAAAUCCGCCGCCAGUGCUGAAGGAACGUGGUGAGGCGGGACGGCACGGGGCGGGGCGGACGGGAGGACAGAUGGUCGGAAAGUGCAGCGACGUAGCACGGGGUCUCAUAGUCUUUGCUAAGGGACUCCCGCUGGGGGAGAGAGGUCUUCGAUGGCUAAAGAUUCAUCUGGCUAAUCUCACCGGCAAUGUCAAACGUUCCUCCAAUGACGAACGAGAGGCCUAUACCGACAGCAUUUUGGACGAAAUUGUCGAUUCUGCAGAUAGACCCUUCGAUGGGCGCGGCUGGUGGCGUGAGCAGGAGGAGCCGUGGCAAACACUUGCAUGUUGCCGAGAGUUGACAGCCGCGCUCCGUCAUCCUACCUCGCCUUCCACCUACGUCAAUUACUUUCCUGUCCAUCAGGACGGCUCGUGCAACGGCCUUCAACACUACGCCGCCAUGGGUCGCGACGAACGCGGCGCCGCGUCAGUCAGUCUGGAGGACUGUGAACGUCCUCGUGAUGUCUACUCUGAUGUCACCGAAGUGGUAGAGGCACGGCGUCGUGCAGACGCCGCGGAAGGCAACGAGGUAGCGAUCGCACUGGAAGGCGCGGUACAGCGGCGCGUAAUAAAGCAGUCGGUCAUGACAACGGUCUAUGGGGUUACGUUGUACGGCGCAAUGGCACAGAUCCGUCGGCAGCUGCGCGAACUCCCAACCUUCCAGACACCCGCUGGUGCCGACGCCGAUCGGCGCCUCGGACCAGCCUCUGCCUACCUGGCACGACUCACGCUAUCUAGCAUCGGGGCUAUCUUCUCUUCUUCUACUGCAACCCAGGCCUGGUUUGCGAAGACUCUCGUCCUUCCCUUCGACCCCACCCCUUCCCACGUCAUUAUUCCUACUCCCUUCCUACUCUUCUUCGUCCUCCGCUUUCGCCUCAAAAUUUCACGAAAAUUCACAGGCAUGCGCAUUUUAAACAUAGCGUCAAAACUUGCUAAGCACAUCACUCGCUGUCGUGGUUGCCGCAUCAGUUGGAUAACCCCCUUGGGUUUGCCUGUCGUGCAACCCUACGUCAACCAGGCAGACUUCGAGCUCAAUUUAUGGAGCGGGGAGCUUUCCAACGCCGCCGCCUCCACUACGGCGUGGGCUACUGCACUGACGAAAGCAGCUCGUCGCGCAGAGCAGCAGUUUCGCCGCGGCGGCGCGCGCGACUCUCUAGUUGGACUGCCGCUGCCGGACCCGGUGAAACAGCAGAACGCCUUUCCGCCCAACUUCAUCCACUCCCUCGACUCCUGCCACAUGAUGCUCACGGCGCUGCACUGUCUCCGUGCUGGCGUGAUGUUCGCCUCGGUGCAUGACUGUUUUUGGACCCAUGCCGCAUCGGUGGAUCAACUCAAUCGGGGAACUUAUGAAAUGCAAUUGUACGUGGACAUUACUCCUUAUUACCUUGAGCCUUCAUGCCAUCAAAUGUUGGCUGAACCUGGUGGAUGCGAUCCGGGCUGGUCUGCUGCCCCACGAAUCGUGUGCAACUUGGCUUCGGGGUUGGUGAAGCCUCUCUUCGAAGACUUAAUUAGCUUGAUUCUGAUCUGCCGUGAGGAAUUUGUGGCUCUACACUCGGAAAACGUCUUGGAAAACCUCUCUGAUUACCUUCGUGAGAAGUUCGAGUACUCUCAGGCCUUCGGUCAUACUGCCUUUGGAAUAAUGGCAAAGAAUGGGCCACUGCGGCGGAAGGAACUCGAGAAACUGCCCGAGAAGAAGCGAGACGAGGCGGUGAACUUCAAUAAUCUUCUGAAACAGUUUCCCAAAAGAGGCAAGUUGCCUGCCCUUCGAACUGAGUUGGACUCGUUUCCAAAUCGGCGGAAGUUGGUUUUCUGUCAAGUUUUUCGUAUCCCCCUUGCAGAGGCCGUGAUAGCAGAACGCACCACCUGGAAGCGCUUUAAGUAA